GGCAAGACCGGUCGGCCGGGAGGCGCUGGCCACGGGGAGUGGGGGAGAGACCACGGCCCCUGGCGGAGAAGAAACCCAGGAAGACAGGCUUCACCGCAAUCCUGGUGUUGGCCCCGCGAGGCCUCCAGUGCCAGGAGGUCCACCUUGUCAGGCAGCCAGGCUGUGUCAGCCUUCCCUACUCCACCAGAAGGAAGAGCUGAGGCCGGGGAAGGGACAGGAGAGGUGUGCUGUGCUGGAUCCCACUGUUUAGAUUUGGCAACCAGUUUCCAGUUUUUUCCAAAACAUUGGUGCUUACUUAAUGCUGGGCAAGAGGGAAUCUGUACUGACAGAGAAAGGAGAUUUCUCAAAGCUCCCAUCCAAUGGGGGAAGACCAGCAAAACUGGCAUUUACAGUAUAGUGUAGCAUUGUAUGAUGGAGAUGUUCCUGAAAACCAGAGGAGCACAGGAGGAGCAGCUGUUGGGGCUUCAGAAGGCUAGAAGUAUAUCAGGUGGAGAAUCAAGGUACCUCAGGAAGAGAUACCUGUGUGUGCAAACAGAGGCUGGAAAAAGGACGGUUAUAUUUAGAAGAAAGAGUAGUUCUGGUUGCCCCAUGACUGCCUAUGCACCGAAGGGGAGAGGAGAGUAAAAAGAAGUAUGGUUGGAGAGGUAAGCAAGGGCCAAAAGAACCUUGUAAAUCCCGUUUAAAAAGUUUUGGAUUUUGGCCCUGGCCAGGUGGCUCAAUUGGUUGGAGCGCUGUCCCAUACACCGAAAAGGUUGUUGGUUCGAUUCCUGGUCAGGACACGUACCUAGGAUGCAGGCUCCAUUCCUGGUGGGAGUGCAUGUGGGAGGCAGCCCAGCGGUGUUUCUCUCUCCCUUCCUCUAUUAGCAUAUCCUUGGGUAAGGAUAAAAAAUUAUUUUUAAUUCUACAUUUUUUAAAGAUUUUAUUUUUAUUUAUAUUUACAGAGAGAGGAAGGAAAGGAGAGAAACAUCAAUGUGUGGUUGCCUCUUGUGUGUUCCCAAGUGAACACACUUGGGGCCCUGACUGGGAAUCGAACCAGCGACACUUUGGUUCCCAGCCAGCCCUCGAUCCACUGAGCUAUGCCAGCCAGGGCAAUUUUUCUUUUAAGUUUUGAAUUUUGCCCUGGCUGGAUAGCUCAGUUGGUUACAACGUCAUCUGGAUAUGCCAGGGUUGGUGGUUCAAUUCCUGGUCAAGGCACAUACAAGAAUGAACCAAUAAAUGCAUAAGUAAGGGGAACAACAAAUCAAUGUUUCUCUCUCUCUCUCUCCCCCACCCCUCUCUCAAAUCAAUAAGCACUUUUUUUUAAGUUUGGGGUUUUAUUCAUAAGCAGUAGAGAGUAUGGAAGGAUUUCAAGCAGGCAAGGGCCAUCAGAUGUGGGGGGUGGAGGGAAAUAGCUGUUUGAAGUGCAGAAGAUGAAAGGAAAACUAUGAUCAGUUUUUUGUUUUUCUCUAGCCCCUGUACUUCAUUCGGUUUGAGCCUGUGGUGUCAGGACCUUGGGUUAUCUCUUGUGACAGCAAGUGGAACAGUGAUUAUAAAGAGCGGCUGGACUUUGGCGGGGGAGUGAUAACGGGAGGGCUGCGCAUAUAGAGUCCUUUUGGGACUAGAAUAACAGCCAAAUGCCUACCACAUAGUAUGCACUCCAUGAUUGGUGGUGAAUUUUUUUUCUUCACACAAUAUGGGCCUUGUCCAUUGGACUCCAGGGAAGAAGGAGAAGGGGCCAAGCCCUGAAGAGGCAAUACAAAAACUGAAGGAGACUGAGAAGAUACUGAUCAAGAAACAGGAGUUUCUGGAGCAGAAGAUUCAACAGGAGCUGCAAACAGCCAAGAAGCAUGGGACCAAGAACAAGAGAGCUGCCCUACAGGCUUUGAGGAGGAAGAAAAGAUUGGAACAGCAGCUGGCACAAACCGAUGGGACAUUGUCUACCCUGGAGUUUCAGCGUGAGGCCAUUGAGAACGCCACCACCAAUGCAGAAGUGCUUCGCACCAUGGAGCUUGCUGCCUGUAGCAUGAAGAAAGCCUAUCAGGACAUGGAUAUCGACAAGGUGGAUGAAGUGAUGGCCGAUAUCACAGAACAACAGGAGGUGGCCCAGCAGAUCUCUGAUGCCAUUUCUCGGCCUGUAGGCUUUGGAGAUGAUGUGGAUGAGGAUGAGCUGUUGGAGGAGCUAGAGGAGCUGGAGCAGGAGGAAUUGGCCCAGGAGUUGUUACAUGUGGGCGACAAGGAGGAAGAACCCCCAGUCCACCUGCCCAGUGUACCCUCUGCACAUCUGCCUUCAGGGCCAGCUCCCAAAGAGGAUGAAGAUGAAGAAGCACUAAAGCAGUUGACUGACUGGGUAUCCUGAUGAGUCUGGGCAUAUCUUCCUGAUGCUGCCUUCGUUGGUCUCUUUUCCUUAAGUGCCAAGCACUAAGCUAAAGGAACGUAGCCUUUUUGGGAGGCCCUGCUGAGAGUGUGGUAUAGCCCUGCUUGAGAAAGGGUUUGUUACCCUCCCUGGCUCAACGGUAAAGAAGGAUCUCGGUGCAGGAGGAGCCUCCGAGCUCCCUACUAGUAGUUACAGUGCUCUUGUCCUCAAUAAAAUUGGGUAGAUGGAACCCUGGUAUUUAUA